AUGUCCAUUUUUGGUGCAAUAUGUUCAGGUAGACCAAUGAUUCUUUCUCAGCAAGUGGAGCCAACAAAAUUUGUAAUUACAAUUCCGAAUGCUUCGAACGUUAAUUAUAUUACGAUAUUUAUUUUACCAAAUUCACCAUUUACAGAUCCGAACAUUACAGCAUUAAUAUACUUUCAAAUCACCAACAGUAACUCAGAAUUUAAACUUCUUGGUGGAAUAAAUCCAACUAAACCAUCAGCAAUAUACAAAGUAAAUAAGAGCUCAAAAAAAGAUGAAGAUGACGGUAUGAAUCUUGAUAUUGAUCUUAAUGACGAUGUUGUAAUUAAUAUUGGUAUCUCAAUUGAGCCUACUCCGCAAGCUGAACAGCUUAUAAAUGAUUCAAAAAGUCAAUUGGUGAAAGUAAAUAAAACUGGAAUUAACAGUGGUGUUUCUGAUACUGCUUCUUUGGCUAAUAAAAUUGUAGGAAAUGCUUAUAAUUAUCUUGCUAGUUUUAUUGAUGAUCUGGGGAAGGUUCCAAUAAAAGCAUUUGAUAAUUGGUGGGAUAAAUUUAAGACAAAAUUACAGAAUAAUCCAAAUUUCUUGAAUGAGAUACAAAAUUAA